GUUCCCGCUGACAACUUGACUUCCAGUUCCCGUACAAAUUUAUUGACGUUUAAGAAAAUGUAAAUAAAGAGCAUGUAGUAUUUAAAUAUGAACUAUAACUAACUUAACAAGGGAAUUUAGUGAAAAAGAACCAUGGCUGAAAAGAAAUUUGGCGGUGCACCAUUUGGAACACAGACUGCAAGAUUUGACGUGUCUGGUGUUCAUCCAAAAAGUAAAUAUCCAGGAACCUUCACAGAAAUUCCAUAUGAUAAAAAAUCAACAGAUGACCUUAAAAGAAAGCUUGGGCCUGGAGCUUAUGAUGUCAGCCAUGGUGGUUUUAGUAAAAAGUCUGUAGAAUUACGAGCAGAUGGACCUGGGUGGUCAAGACAAUAUGAAGUAGAAAAAUUAGCUGCAUUACCUCACCUACUUAAUAAAGAUCAAUGGGAAAUGAAGAGGAUGUUGGUGAGGAAACUGGGUCCAGGUUCAUAUGAUAUUAAAGAUUUUGUUGAGGCAUCAGAUGAAAAACCAAGAAGUAAAUUUGGAAUAUGCCAAACUCUCUCACAAAGAUUCAGAGAAAAAACUGUUAUUGACACACCAGGCCCAGGAACGUAUGGUGAUGGUGGUAUCCCACAUGCUGCCAAAGAAGAUAAAGAGCAAAAAUCAACCAGCACAAUAGGAAUGUUAGAUGCUAAGUCUUCAUCCAAAAGAAACCUACCAACUGUAGGUUCACAACUUGGUCCUGGUACCUAUGAGUUUAAAAGUUUUGCUGAUCAGACAACUGGAAAGGUGACCAGCUUACGAGGACCAUAUGAUCUGUUUUCUGGAGAUAGAAACAAACCAAUUUCAGAUGGACAUUUUGCUGCACCGAAAUUAGCCAAUCUUGGUCCCGGCCAAUACAACCUCAGAUCUUUUGCUGAUGAUUGGGGAACAAUACACAGAAAGAGACAUGGCAAAUUCGGUAAAGUUGACAGAACUCCAAAAAUUCCAACAGAAAGGAUAUUUUGUAGUACCCUUCAGCAAUGUCCUAAAGAGGAGAAUACUCCAGGUCCAGGUCGUUAUGAGCCUGGUGAACUAUCUAAACCAGAAUCAGUUAAUGCUCCAGGAUUUUUAUCUACAUCUAAAAGAAAUGAUAAACUUUCACAGAAAUUCUUUACAAGAAACUUUAACCCUGUGGGUCCAGGUCGUUAUGAUGUACAGAAGUUUGAUGAAGCACAGCAUCGUAAUGGCACUGAAAGUGUUUUCAAAUCAAAAACAGGAAAAUUGUCUCUAGCUAUGGAUAAAUUCCUUCAAGAAAGAGUAAGAGCCAAGGAUGUCAGAUUAGAGGACAGGGUCUUCCUUGUAACACCUGAAAAACCAGAAAGCUACAUGAAAAGGACAAAAACUCAGAUGAACUAUAACCCUAGAGCAGAUUUCGUGUCCCAGCGAGCUGUUACAAAAAACAAGACAGCUGCAUAGAAAAUUUAGUUUUCUGAAGACUUGGAGAAGGUUUUAACCAGUAGAUUUUCAAGUGCUUUGUUAAUAUAUAAUACGAACUUUUAAAAGGAAUAGAAAAGGGUGCUUUUCUUGCAUUUGUGUCAAUUGCAGAAUUGAAUAAUUUUCUAUACUGCAAAAUUAAUUUGAUAAAAUUAUUGAUUUGUAAUUGAUGAAAAUUUAUAAAUAUUUACAUUCAAAUAAUGAGAAAUUUGCAUUUGUUAUUACCAUUAUAUUUUCAUGGCAAUAAAGAUCUAAUCCUGGAACAAAUUUUUUAUUGAAAUCUAAUAAAAAGAAAUGUACUGUACUAUCAAUAAUGGGAAAGAUUUUGUCUAGGAGAAAACAAUGGUAUAAAACAGGAUUUUCUUAGAUUUUACAAGUUAUAUAAUCACUGCCACACAUAAGUUUAGAGUUUAACAAUGACAGCUACUGCCUGGACUUGUUAAUCAUAUGUAGAUUAGUUUGCUCUUUGUUCAAAUCCUAACAGGAAUUUAUGUUAAUUGCUUGUGCUUAUUUAGUCGUGUGGUUAAUAAUUGGAUAUAAGCAUUGUUUCAGGAGGGAAAAAAAAGUUUCACCAUUACUUUUACAAUGGUACCUGUCACAUCUGUAAAAAAGUCUGCUUCAGGGAUCAUUUGUAUUGGGGAAAAUUCAGAAAACCAGGAAUUAAUCUGCUAACAUCAUAAUAUGCUGUUUUUCUUUCCAUUUUGUGUGGAAAAUAUAAAAAAAGAAUGUCUUCCUGUCUUAUCUGAUGUUUUAAUUUGUACCGUAUUUAUUUUUACUUAAAUCUCACCUCUUAACGGACAAUGUGAUAUAAUUUUUCAUUUCCCCUUUAAUGUGGCAUUGUGAAAUGGACUAUUCACCCCUUUGUAACUGGUUAUGAAUUAAAUAUCAGUAUUUUGUAUGUUUUAUUUUUGUAUAAUGUAUUUUAAUCAUGUUAUUUUCCCGGAGAUGUACAAAGAAUCUUAUUUGUUCCAUAGUAUUUUAUGGACAGUAUUUUAAAAGCUGUGAUAGUUUUAGUUAAUCUGCUGUUUUAUCUUCCAUGCACAGUAUUAUUUGUUUAUUUGUUUGCAAUAUGAAUAUAUUAAGAAUAUAUUUUUAUCACUGUAUAUUUUAUAUUUUAUUGUACUUUUCCGUUGCUUUUAUAUAAAAUGUAUAGAGGUUGUUAUUUUAUAAGAAUGAUAAAACUUAUUUGUUUAAACAGGUAUUAAGUAACAGUAUUACAACUGUUUAUGCUAAUUUGAAUUUUCUAUUUAAAGUUGUUUUUGUUCUUUACUUUUCCAGGACACUUCAAGUUAUAUCUUAAGUUUAGUCUUGAAAUGUUUUAGAACAUAUUACUGAAUUCAAAGAAUGACUUAAAAUUUUCAUUUGUAUGAAUUUUGAGAUUUACAUUAAAUUAACAUCCAGAGAUCAGUUUUACUUUAUA